GAUGGAAUACCUAUCGAAUGUCUUUAUAUUUAUAUCCCCUGGGCAUUGGUAAAUAGACAAAGCGUUGCGACUCAAGCAGCCAAGGACUCAUAAUCGGUAUUAGAAUAGUUCGCAUAGUGCGAUAUGAUGCACCAGAACCCUUAUAAUGCAAGCUAGAUCCUCACAGCUUGGUAGGAUUCAUAUGACCUACAAGGUGCCCAUGAAUGUAUCUCUUCACCGAUUUUCGACGAAACCUGGGAUACCGAGGAAUAUAACCCGCUCGCGGCUUCUCGUCAUGGAAGAACUACUCAAAAAGGUUCUCGAGCGCAACGAAGCCACCAAGAAGCCCCUCAGCGCCGUCCCGUGGAAACCGGACCAGCCGCACGCGCAGCCACUCUUCACAUACGACCGCUCGGCGCAAGCGUGGACGCCCGCACCACCAGCAGAUCCCACGCCGCGGUCCCUCCACCAACGGGAUGACGCCGGAAACGGAAUCACCAGGCUGCGGGUGUACAGCUGGAACAUCGACUUCAUGCUGCCGCUCGCGAAAGCGCGCAUGGACGCCGCGCUCGAGCACCUUCGCAGCCUAACCAGCAGCCUGCCGCCCUCCAUAGCGGCAGUCGUCUUCCUGCAGGAGUGCGUGGAAGAGGACCUGGCUACGAUCGGCGCGGCGGAUUGGGUGCGCAGCGGAUUCGUCCGCACGGACGUCGACGGGAGCAAUUGGCAGGCGUGCUACGGCACGACGACGCUGGUCGACCGCCGGCUCGGUGUGGCGGCGUGCUUCCGGGUGCACUACGCGCAGACGCGCAUGGAGCGGGACGCCCUAUUCGUAGACGUGGUCUUGAAUAGUACCAGUUCCAGUGCCAGUGGUGGGAGUGGGGCGCCAAAGACCAUCCGCCUGUGCAACUCGCACCUCGAGUCGCUAGCUCUCUCGCCGCCGCUGCGACCCGCGCAAGUGCAGGUCAUGGCGACGCACAUGCGGGCGGCGGGGGUGCACGCGGGGAUCGCGGCGGGGGACUUCAACGCGAUCGAGGCGGUCGACCGGACGCUGCACGCGACGCACGGGCUGCGGGACGCGUACCUCGAGGUGUCGGGCGGGAGAGAGGACAGCGAGGAAGGGUACACGUGGGGCCAGCAGGCGGCGACGAGCCUGCGGGAGCGGUUCGGGUGCUCGCGCAUGGACAAGGUGUAUUUCACGUCGGGAGGGGGGCUCCGGUUGCACGGGUUCGAGAGGUUCGGGAGGGAUGUGCUGGUGCGCGGGGAGGAGGAGGGGGAGAGGAUCCGCGCGCUGGGGUUCGAGAAGCCUUGGAUUACGGACCAUUUGGGCGUUACGGCGGAGUUUGAGGUGGUGGAUUAAUUUGGGUGUGGGAGAAAUAGUAGCUACCUCUUAACUUAAGUAGGUACGUGUUUGAAUGAAGAUAUCUCGAUGUGCUUUAUAUAGGUACCUAGGUAGGAGAAUAAAUAGUUAUUGGAAUUGGGAGGGAUUACUUAUACUUUAUAUAUAAAGGGGGGAGGGGGAGGGGUGGGUGGACGAUCAACUCUCGCUAUGCCUUAGGAGAUUGAGGGUUAUGAUAUACUUUAGGUACCUAGGUAGAUUUAGGACAUGAAAUGGGCUCAUGGU